CCCUCUUUCCCUCAGAGGAUGUCCUCCUUCCAGCUCAACCUGAACCCGCUCAAAGAGCCGCUCGGCUUCAUCAAGAUCCUCGAGUGGAUUGCUUCUAUCUUUGCUUUUGCCACCUGUGGAGGUUUUAAGGGCAAAACAGAAAUUCUAGUGAGUUGUCCUACUCUUAAAGUUCCUGAAAAUAAAACAGUUACAGCUACUUUUGGUUAUCCAUUCAGGUUGAAUAAAGUAUCAUUUCAAGCACUUCCAUCAAAUGUGUGUGAUAUAGAUUGGAAAAAUUUUGUCCUUAUUGGAGAUUACUCUUCUUCUGCACAAUUCUAUGUUACGUUUGCAGUCUUUGUAUUCCUAUACUGCAUUGCUACCCUUCUGCUCUAUGUUGGAUAUACAAACCUGUAUCGUGAUAAUCGAAAACUUCCCAUGGCUGACUUUGUUGUUACUCUUGUUGUCACUUUCUUGUGGCUGGUAAGCACUUCAGCAUGGGCUAAAGCUCUUACAGAUAUUAAAAUAGCUACCGGUCACAGUAUUGUCCAGGAACUUGAACCCUGUGGUGCUCAAGGAGUGAUGUGUUAUUUUGGCUCUGUGACUAGUAUGGGAUCCUUAAAUGUAUCUGUGAUCUUCGGCUUUCUAAAUAUGAUACUUUGGGGAGGAAAUGCAUGGUUUGUGUACAAGGAGACCAGCUUACACAGUCCAUCAAAUACUUCUGCUUCCCAUACCCAAGGAGGUAUGCCACCUCCUACUGGAAUAUAAUUAAAGGGAAAAGUACACUGUAUGAAAUAUACAUCUAUACUCUGAGAAGCUUAUUUGUUUCUAAUAAAAGUAAUGGCUUUUUCAAUAAAUUGGUGGGUUUAAAAUUUUGCUGCUUUUUUUACAUAAACCUCCUGUACCUUUCCUAGAAACUUAAGAUGUAAAUGUAUUCUCACAUGUAAAUUUGAAAUUUCAGGAGCCUAUUAUGAGAUGAUACACAUUUUUAAAUGAACAUUCAUUUCUUCACUAAGUUGUUUGCCUUCCAAAGUGUUUAC